AUGUCCGAGGAGCUCUCGGCGGCCACAUCCUACACGGAAGAUGACUUUUACUGCCCUGUGUGUCAGGAGGUGCUCAAGACACCGGUGCAGACCGAGGCCUGCCAGCAUGUUUUCUGUAGAAAAUGUUUCCUGACUGCAAUGAGAGAAAGUGGAAUACAUUGUCCCCUAUGUCGUGGAAGUGUGACUAGAAGAGAAAGAGCAUGUCCGGAAUGGGCCUUAGAUCUUGAAAAUAUCAUGAGGAAGUUUUCUGGUAGCUGCAGAUGCUGUUCAAAAAAGAUUAAAUUCUAUCGCAUGAGACAUCAUUACAAAUCUUGUAAAAAGUAUCAGGAUGAAUAUGGUGUUUCUUCUGGCAUUCAAAACUUUGCAGACAAGAUUUCUCAAGAUUCAGUAAGGAACAGUAAUAGGUGUGAAACAUCUACAUCUGAUAACACAGAAGCUUAUCAAGAGAAUACAAGUUCUUCUGGGCAUCCCACCUUUAAGUGUCCCUUAUGUCAAGAAUCAAAUUUCACCAGACAGCGUUCAUUGGAUCACUGUAAUAGUAACCACCUAUUUCAGAUAGUUCCUGUGACAUGUCCUAUUUGUGUGUCUCUUCCUUGGGGAGAUCCUAGCCAGAUUACUAGAAAUUUCGUUAGUCAUCUAAAUCAAAGACAUCAGUUUGAUUAUGGAGAAUUUGUGAAUAUUCAGCUAGAUGAAGAAACCCAAUAUCAAACUGCUGUGGAAGAGUCUUUUCAAGUAAACAUCUGAUGUGUAUAGACAUCUCUGCAUCUUUGUACCUACAAGUGCCAU